AUGGAUCGCCUUCGUCAUUUAGGCACACGUCGUUCUUCUGAUCAGAAAAUGCAUCAAACGACAUCAACGAUUACAGUUAAUAAUUCAUCAGGAGGAUCGUCCAAUUCGUCAUCGAAUGGAAACAAUGAACAACAAGAGCCACGAGCCAAAGUUUCUAGUCUCGUUUUCAAAUUCGGAGGAGAUCGUCCGAAAAAAGUACCAACGUAUACCUUUUCACCUGCCGAACAAGCGACGAUUGAUCAACAACAUCAUCUGCAGCAAAAUCAAGCACCACGUGUUCCGUCAUCACCCCAACCACAACUGUCACCACAAAUACGAAACUAUAUUGAGCAACUUGAGAUAAAGAACAGUGAAUUAACACAUAAAAUUAACGAACAAUAUCAACAUAUUGAACAGUCCGAAAGGACAAUCAAAGAAUUACAUCAAAUAUGCGAUGCAUUUCAGAAUCAAGCUAAUGACGAAACAAACAGUCCUCUUUUACGACUAAUUGCAAAUUUUUGUGAAAUAUUACCGGAUCAACAACAUCAUGAAGAUGUUCUCUCAUUAUUCGAAUCUAAAAUUAUUCAGUGUAAAAAAACGGAACAACAAGUCAAGUCCUUGACAAUCGCCUUGAAAUCAAAAGAACAACGUAUUACAGAAUUAACCAAUGAAGUUAAUGACUUAGCAACAAAAGCAAGCACGAUGCAAACACCAACGUCAGCACCACGUUCGAACUCAUCCGUAUCGACAACACCUAUAAGACGAAUCGAUUCAGCUGAUGAACUUGAUUCAAUUAACUUACGUCGAGAAUUAUUUCGCACCCGAAAUCGUCUCAAAGAAGCUCAACGCGAAUUGUCGUCACAAAAUAGUCUCACGAAACAUUUAUCAACAAAUAAUCUUCUUUCCUCCGAUGCCUUAAUAAGCGAUUUACGUAAAGAUAUCAGUGAAAUGGGAUGGGAAAUCAAAACAUUGCAGAAAACCAAAGAAACACUUAAAAAUGAAGUGGAAAAAUUGGAACGCGAAAUUGUUGUACUCGAAUCGCAGAAAAAAUCAGUUGAAGAUGCCAAUGCAAUGAUUACCCGAGAAAAUAAAGAAUUACGAGCAACGAUCGAAGAAUUAAAUGAUCAAAAUCGAAUUGUUCUACAAAAUUAUCAAAAUCACGUGAAAAAUUAUGCAAUACACGAAGGACUAAUGAGUAAAUUAUACGAUUCCAUAGCGCAAAUCGAAAAAGAAAAUAGUCAAUUGAAAGAAAAAUGUGUUUUUCUGGAAGAGAAACUUGAAUUGAAACAGAUCUCAUUAGUGGACAAAAAUGAAUUAGAAAAAUUGAAUUCUUCGAAUCGUGUUUUAACCUUACAAUAUGACUAUGAAGUCGCCAAACGUGAACAUUGCGAACGACAAUUGACACGUUUACAAGAUAAUAUUAAACAAUUGCAAUCGGAAUUGUCGUAUAUGGAUGAAAAAGUCAAACGUGCUGAUGAACAAAUGAAACUAGCCGAUCGAUUGAAUCGCGAUAAUAAAGACGAAUGCGAGAUUUUACAAUUGAAAAUCAUGGACUUAGAAAAACGUCUGAAUCUUACUGAAAAAGACAAGGACAUUGUUGAACAAGAAUUGUUAAUUGUUAAACAAAAAAUGGAAGCGACAACGUAUCGUAUUCAACGUUACAACGAAGCUUUGGUCAACGCCGAUAACGAUAUGGAACAAAUGUCGGAUACCAGCUUUAGUGAAGAUGUAGCAAGUAUCAAUGGCACCGAGACGAUAUCGUUGAAGAGUCGUCCUUCACAUCCGUUGCAAACUCAAAGUGAAGCUUAA